AUGUCGGACUCCAAGAAACCAACCCCUGAUCCGCGAUACCCAGAUAUCCGGCAUGUCGCUGAGGCUCGCCGCCUUCAAUCGCAAGGUGCCCUCAUCAUAGAUGCUCUUGGAGGCAUCAUCUUAUGCCCCCUAGACACGUCUCGCAAGGAUUUGCGUAUCCUUGAUAGUGCGACUGCUGACGGACACCUUUUGACCUUGAUCCGGAACCAGCUGGCACACCCAGAGAGCGCAGAGUUGAUCGGCACAGAUAUCGCAGACUUUCCACCCCUCGAUUUGCCAGAAAAUAUCACACUUGGAAAACAAGACAUUCUGAAACCGUGGCCAGAGAAAUGGGAGGCGCAUUUCGACUUUGUACAUCAACGAACGGGGCUCGCCAUUACGGGUGGAAUGGAGCGGGCCGUCGAGACGGUACGACGAUACAUAGAUCUGCUCAAGCCUGGUGGCUGGAUUCAGCUCGUAGAUGGCACCUUGAUUGACGAACCAAUGGCAGAGGAUGACAAGGCCUGGGUGAAGAUGAUGAAGGUGUUGAAGCAAUGUGUGGCCCUUGUUGGGCUAGACACCACGUUGGGAGUGUCAACGGCUGACAUCCUCAAGAACGCCGGAGAGGGUUUGCUUCGUAACAUAGGCGAAAAGCAGGGUGUUAGUCCUUUGGGCAAGGGUGCAGCUUCACAAGAGCUUGAAGAGCUGGGAUAUGUGGAAUUGAAAGGGAUGCAUAGCGGCUGCGUAACAAUGCUGAAGGAAAUGCCCAAAGACAAGCGGCCAAUGGCCCCUGAACAAGUUGAAGGGCUUCUGCCGGAGGUGCUGAGAGAGGCCCAAGCUGGAGAGUGCGAAAUGAGAUGGUACGCAGCAUGGGGACAGAAGAUUUAA